AUCGAUAUAAAAUUUGAAGAGAAAUGGUACAGGUUAAGUAGACAGCCGAUGAGCCGACUGCAUUCUGUACAAAUUUGUGAACAAGAUCUCCUAAUAUGGCAAGCGACAAAAAGUCUGGAAAAUCAACGUCCAAAGGAGGUAAUUCCAAUGAAGAGAUAUUCGCUGGAUUUCAGACCCUCCGAAAUGAACAAAGGAUGAUGGCUAACAAAUUGUCUGAAAUGGAAAUGGAGUUGAACGAGCACAAAAUAGUCAUUGAUACUUUAAAGAAUGUGGAUCCUAAAAGGAAAUGUUACAGAAUGAUUGGUGGUAUUUUAUGUGAACGUACUGUUGAAGACAUAAUGCCCACUUUAGUUUCAAACAAAGAGCAGCUGAUCAAGGUAAUAGAUGCAUUAAAUGAUCAAUUGACAAAGAAAGGAGUUGAAAUAAAUGAAUACAAGGAGAAACAUAACAUCAGGAUUCGAGGACAAGAUGAGUUACAACGACAGGAAGAAGAUGAUACCAAGGAAGGCACUGAAUCUAAAAGAAAUGCAAUUGUGGUUGAUCUUAUGAAAGUAUAGAUGUAUCUAUUACUUGUUUCAACAUUACUAUAUUCUAUUUUACCCAA